AUCCUUUAACGUGCAGUAUGUGUUUGCUCAUCCUAAAGUGAACACGUCAAACAUUUCAAACCUACUACUUUCAGACGAUGUACACCACUCAAACGUCAAUCCUAACUAUCACCCUUCUAAUAACCGCCAAAUGCGCCAGCCCAAAUGUGUCUCUAACGGUCCCACCAGCCGCCAAAAUUUCGGACACGGUGACCCUUGGGUGUAAAUUAGACUCCUCUGAGGGAACUCUGCAAGAAGUUAAAUGGUUCAAGGACGGAACGGCGAUCUUUCGGUACAAACCGACUGAAGUACCACCCGGAAAAUCGUUCAAUGUACCUGGAAUCAAUCUAGAGCUCGACAAGUGUGAUUCUUCUCAAAUUGUGAUUUCGAACGUCCAGUCGAACGAUACGGGUGUUUAUGGGUGCGAAGUUUCCACAGAAGUACCAUUUUUUCGUUCGUCGCUACAGACGGCUUUCAUGUAUGUGCUUGACGUUCCAGAGGAAUCCCCUAGUGUGAGGUACUAUAUAAGGAACUCUGAUAUUCGUGCUGAAUGUGCGUCUCCAGCUUCUGAUCCACCAAUUAACAUCACAUGGGUUGUCAACAAUUCAAAGACCUUUAAAGGUACGGAUACGUACAUUUCGACCCAUACAAAUGCGACAGGGAACCACCCAAGGAUGACCCUAUCGGUACUAGAGCUACCUUAUUAUGGUAGCUAUAAUUACAGAAGAGCUAAAAUACGGUGUGUCGCUAACUUAUUUCAUUUAUAUCACAAAGAAGCCGAGUUUGUUGCUUAUAGUACCGAAAAUUUUGACAAGCUAGAGUUCGAAAAAAAAGAAACUCCUUAUACGGAGAAUGCAAGCCAACCCUUACUGGAACUAAUUUUUGUUAUUUAUAUGUUGGCGGCGGUGAUUGCGUUGGGGGUUUUAUACUGGUAUGUGUUAUACAAAUCAUGAAUAAAUUACUGAAGAAAUUUGGUGCAGGUUUAUUCCCCGA